UUUUUCUUGACACCGAACAAACCAGACACUGAUUCGACCACAAUCAUUCGUAUCACGUUUCCGUGCGGUAUCAAAGUGGCACUGCCGUCAUGCAGCCGUUGGCUCGAAAUGCCGGUCGGCCCUGCCAACGGCAGUUCCAUUAUGCCUGCCGUCAUCGACCGCGAUUACAGUGUCCGUCGCAAAGGCUGUUCAGUGUCUACCAGCCCUGCUUAAGGGAACGACCCAAACCGAAAUCGAAACCGAAACCGACGGAUAUAAAGGUCAAUUGGUUUGAACAAGAUGAUAUUCAUCGCGCAAAAAGACAACGAGUUGAGGAAGGGGGGGAAGAUCCAGAGGCAGCAGAGAUAAAGGCCAAAAUUUCUGCAUUAGAAGAAGAGUUGAAAGAGUUGAGAAUGGGCAGGCUAUUAGGAGAUUCUGAAACGGAGAUGCUCUCAGAGCUCUCUGAAGAGGAUAGAGUCAAAAUGACCGAGGCGAUACAGGAGAGGAAUGAAAGAGAAGCCGCUUUCAAAAAGGAGGUCGCAGCGCGAGUAGCAACCCGUAUGGAAGCGCAAGACGACAGCUUCAUAAUAAAGAUGGCAACGCCGCAGAGAAGCAGAGUGUAUCUUGACCGCCUGAAUGACACUUUACGACACGCUUCGAUGAACGCACCAAACCCGAUAAUCAGAAGAGAAAUAUGGAGAUGGUACAGUCGAUGCAAACAGCAUCUCCCUUCUUUCCUACACUUGGUCCCGGACAGCGCUUGGGAUUUGCUUUGGAAAACCCAGUCCCAUCUUUCAUCCUCAAAUCCGGAUCGGCUGUCCCAUUUGAAAACAUUGGCAGACGAUCAAAUCUCAAUCGGCCGCGACAUUCCGGAGGUACAAAAGCUCGCACGCGUCGAGGCAACUUUUGUAGAAGGCGAACGGGAUCAGGCUAUUGCAGAAUGGGAAGCUAUAGGAGACAAGUUCACCGGAAAGGAUGAUAUUCUGGAAGAAUAUUGGAGUCUUGGAAUUCGAAUGUUCUCAAUAAUAGGGAAUCCUCUACGGGCGCAAGAAAUCGCAGCCCUAAUGCUAGGAAGUAACGAAAACGCAGACGCCAGGAUCCUCAUACCCGUUAUAACAGCUUGGACCCAAAAGAAUGACGCCCUUGGCUAUUCCAAUGCCUGGGCUAUCUACGUGCGACUUAGAGACCAUCUCGGCCCGAGAAUCACAAUGGAGGAUUACGAUCGCAUUAGUAUGGGCUUUUUGAACGCCGGCAGAAAGGACCUUGCGCAAGGCGUCUUCAAGGAUAUGAUGCUUACUGGCCAGGCUUCCCCAGAGGAUUCGUCGGCUCUAUACAAGAAGUCUCUUGGCAUCGUGGGGAAACUUCAAUCAAUGAGCGUGUCCGCAGAGGAAACAAAUCGAGUGUCUCUACAAGCUAUGACCGUCCUGCCCCGCAAAUUCCAAAAUAAAUUCUUCUACGGAAGCUGGAUCAAGAAGUUGAUUGGCAUGGGUGAGCCUGAUGCUGCUGCCGCGGUAGUGGAACUCAUGUAUGAACGAGGAGUUAAGCCCGAUCCGAAGCACGUCAAUGGUAUUAUCGGGGCAUGGCUGCGCGUAGGGAACAACGAGAGCCGUCAAAAAGCCGAACGGAUGGGUUGGUCGAUGAUUCAAGAGCGCCUCAAUUUUGUACAACAACGGCGGGCUUCGCAGAAUCUGGACAACUCAGAAUCUAGUACCUCUGUCACCACCAAGGAUGGGCUCGAGAUCCCAACACACCUUGAGCGGGCUGUUCCAGCCGCAACAAUUGAAACAUUCUCAAUUCUUUUGUUGCAUUACUCACGUCGCGAGAUGACGGCCCAUGUAAAUUACAUACAGGAGCUACUGCAACCGGCAGAAGCCAAGCCCAACUCAUACUUCAUGAACCAUUUACUCUUUGCCGAUCUGCGAGCCCAUGAUCACCGGAGAGCCUGGCGCAGAUUUCAAGAGAUGAGACGAACCGUUGAACCCGACAUGGAGUCGUUUGCAUGCCUGUGGGACUGCAUGAAGUUCCACUUGGACGCCGCCAAAAACAGGGACUUGACCGGUUUUCCUACGCCUCGAGCCCUCUUCUUCGACAUGAUAUCUUGGUACCUCAAUCUCCCAGCUAAACUCCGCGACGGAGCUCAGGAAGCAGUGACUCAGGAGUUCUACGACCAGGUUAUCCGCUGCUUUGGCCUCUCACAGGACCUCAAAGGAACUCUGGUGGCGAUGCACGCGAUGAAGCACGCUUUCAACCUCUACGCCACGCAAGACACUGCUCGGAUGGUGGUUCUCCAGGUCUCCCGCAUGGGCCCCACCGAGACAGAGACGCGCAGGAACCGACGCACACGAGCCAAAGACCUGAGAAGGAAUAGUAAGGCCAAUGUUGGUAAUGUGACAAAGGUCUUGGACAUCAUUGCGAAGCGGCGAAUGAGCGCCCUCAGCGAGCAGGGCAUCGAGUACGAUGACCUGGACCCCGAAACAAAGGCGAAUGAAUCCUUAAGUCUCAUAUCCGAACUCUUACGUGUCGUUCUUGUCAGGACUGAGGAAGAACCGUCUAUGCUUGAAGCAGGGUUGCAAAGCAUUGCAUGGGAUAUGGGCGUUGGUGGAAUAUCUCUAGGCGAGCCUCUCCAAUAUCCAAUUGUACCGGAGUCACCGUGAUUGUUGUUGCGGUUUUCUUUCCUUAUAUAUUUAUAUUCUCCCAAGCAUAGCAUUAUCCGGCGUUUGUAUAUAAGCUCAUAGAGCAGUCCACUCACCACUUUGUACAAUUACUCAUCAAUCUAUCUUCGAGUGUCUCUUGGAGACAGAGCUACAGAGCACGAUAUUCUAUAUUGCAUGCUAAACCAAGGCAAUCAGGUCGUGCACUUUGAUGUCCAUACUCCAAAAUAUUAUUUGACAGCUGCCUUACAUCCAAUGCCAGUUUGUACGUACGUACUGCCCCAAUAUACGCCACACAUGAUCCAUAAAA